AUGUCUGUAGAUCUUCAACCGACUGCCACACCGGAAAUUCUUGUCGAAAUCCCCUCUGCCGUUGCCUACCAUGUACUCGGCGACUCUACCGCUCUCCUAGGGGAAGGAGAGCUCGCGCUCGUCCUGACACGAUUAUCAGGCGUCUCCGCGCCACCUGCGCCGGCACCCGGUGGGGUAAGUCGCACCCCUGUGUUGGCGUUGACCGUUGGAAGGGCCGCCUUUCCCCUGUUUGAAGACACAGUGUUUGGCACAUUGGCAGGGGAUCAAAGAGCGUAUGUCUUCACCCCAGAGAUCGGUGGAGAACGAGGAGGAUAUGUCAAGAUCGCGCUUCCGGAAGGGGUGUUGGUGGAGGGAUCCUCGCUCUCUGAGUUGCACACGCAGUUCGAACAGGUGCUUAUUUUCUACGGGCUGCUGAAGGAAGGGGUUGAAGCAGCGACGGAUGAGUCGCGCAAGAAUGUCAGAGACGACUAUGCGAAUGGUGGUCAGGGUACCCGCGACAGCACCACGUCACACCUGUCAGAAAACUCACCUACAACAUCUCCCGCUCACGUUCCUGCAUCUGUCGCUACUGCAUUGCCCAGUAGCACCUCAGGCACGCAGUCUGUCGUUAUCACGACGCGUCGCGUCACUAAUGCUGUGACCUCAGCCGUCGGCAAUGCAGGCGCACGGGUGGCGGGACAUCUGUCCCAGAGCUCUCCAUCAAAAUCACAAGAUCUCGCGAAUGCAUACUACCCUGACGCAGCUGAGGCCACGGAAAUACAGGGGACCGUCACAGAUGCAGUAGUGGGGAUGCAAUUUCACGAACAGGAGACACACGAUCUGCAGGACGUACAAGACAUCGUGGAUGCGGAGGAUGCCGAGUUCUGGAAAGAAGUGGCGAUUUGA